UUUCUUCCCUGUUGGGUAUCUUUUGGGGCCAGGCGUCGGACGGGAGAGAGAGAGAGAGAGAGUGACGACGCCUCGAUCUCCCGAGUCCUCUUUCUACUCUCUCUCUCUCUCUCUCAAUCUCUUUCUUGAUCUCGUCUCUGCGAGGGACGGGCGCUCUGCUCUGGUUGUGAAUUCGGUCUAGGGAAGCUGGAGUUGCGGUAACAUGACGAUGAACGAGCGUAAGAUCAUCGAUCUCGAGCAAGGAUGGGAAUACAUGCAAAAGGGGAUCACCAAGUUGAAGAACAUUCUGGAGGGUCUUCCGGAGCCGCAAUUCAGUUCGGAAGACUAUAUGAUGCUCUACACUACAAUAUACAAUAUGUGCACUCAGAAGCCGCCUCAUGACUAUUCGCAACAGCUUUACGACAGAUAUAAGGAGGCUUUCGAAGAGUACAUUACUUCGAAGGUGAUGCCAUCUCUGAGGGAGAAGCAUGAUGAAUUUAUGUUGAGGGAACUUGUAAAAAGGUGGUCAAAUCACAAAGUUAUGGUUCGAUGGCUUUCACGAUUCUUCCAUUAUCUUGAUCGCUACUUCAUUGCUAGAAGGUCACUUCCACCCCUCAAUGAAGUUGGCCUCACAUGCUUCCGUGAUCUGGUCUACAAGGAGAUCAAUACCAAAGUCAGAGAUGCUGUAAUUGUUUUGAUUGAUCAAGAGCGGGAAGGAGAGCAAAUUGAUAGGGCAUUGUUAAAAAAUAUUCUGGACAUUUUUGUGGAGAUAGGGAUGGUCAGUAUGGAUUGCUAUGUGGCUGAUUUUGAAGAUGCCAUGCUUUGUGAUACUGCUGCUUACUAUUCUCGGAAGGCUUCGAAUUGGAUCUUGGAAGAUUCUUGUCCUGAUUACAUGCUAAAGGCUGAAGAGUGCUUGAAACGAGAGAAAGAUAGAGUGACACACUAUUUGCAUGCAAGUAGUGAACAGAAGUUGUUAGAGAAAGUGCAACAUGAGCUACUAUUUGUCUAUGCAAGUCAGCUUCUUGAAAAGGAACAUUCUGGAUGUCAUGCUUUACUUAGAGAUGACAAGAGAGAAGAUCUUUCAAGAAUGUUCAGGCUCUUUAGCAGAAUAAACAAGGGUUUGGACCCAGUUUCUCUUAUAUUUAAGCAUCAUGUUACGGCUGAGGGGAUUGCCUUGGUAAAACAAGCAGAAGAUGCUGCAAGCAGCAAGAAGGCCGAGAAGAAGGAUGUCGUUGGUUUGCAAGAACAGCUUUUUGUUAGAAAAGUUAUUGAGCUCCAUGACAAGUACUUGGACUAUGUCAACAACUGCUUUCAGAACCACAACCUUUUCCACAAGGCGCUCAAAGAAGCUUUUGAGAUAUUCUGCAACAAAGGUGUUGCAAGCAGCUCCAGUGCCGAGUUACUCGCAAAUUUCUGUGAUAAUAUACUCAAGAAGGGCAGUAGUGAGAAACUUAGUGAUGAAGCCAUUGAAGAGACACUUGAGAAGGUUGUGAAGCUCCUUGCAUACAUCAGCGACAAGGACCUUUUCGCGGAGUUUUACAGGAAAAAAUUGGCAAGAAGGCUUUUGUUUGAUAAAAGUGCGAAUGAUGAUCAUGAGAGGAGCAUUUUGACGAAGCUAAAGCAGCAGUGUGGUGGGCAGUUCACCUCAAAGAUGGAGGGAAUGGUGAUGGAUUUGACACUGGCGAGAGAUCACCAAUCUCACUUUGAGGAAUAUCUUAGUAACAAUCCCAACGCAGAUCCUGGCAUAGAUUUGGCAGUCACAGUGCUUACUACAGGAUACUGGCCUAGUUACAAAUCCUUUGAUUUGAAUCUUCCUGCAGAGAUGAUCAAAUGCGUAGAGGUUUUUAAAGAGUUCUAUCAAACAAAAACGAAACAUAGGAAGCUUACCUGGGUAUACUCUUUGGGAACUUGUAAUAUCAAUGGCAAGUUUGAACCGAAGACUAUGGAGCUUAUAGUGACAACCUAUCAGGCAUCCGCACUGCUGCUUUUUAAUGCGUCAGACAAGUUGACCUAUUCUGAGAUUAUGACUCAACUGAACUUGACAGACGAUGAUGUGAUUAGGUUACUUCAUUCAUUGUCCUGUGCAAAGUACAAGAUCCUUAAUAAGGAGCCCAACACAAAAAACGUUUCCCAAAGUGAUACCUUUGAAUUUAAUCCAAAAUUUACCGACAAACUGAAGAGAAUUAAGAUUCCUCUCCCUCCUGUUGAUGAGAAGAAGAAGGUUAUUGAAGAUGUGGACAAGGAUAGGAGAUAUGCAAUUGAUGCCAAAAUCGUGCGAAUAAUGAAAAGCCGCAAAGUUCUUACUCACCAAGAGCUGGUAUCGGAAUGUGUUAAGCAGCUUGAGCGCAUGUUCAAGCCUGAUAUCAAAGCAAUCAAGAAAAGGAUUGAAGACUUGAUCACGAGGGAUUAUCUUGAAAGAGACAAGGACAAGUCCAACACUUUUAGAUACUUGGCUUGAUCCAGUACACUGAUUUGUUCAUGAAAGGGAGCUAACUCUGGUUUCCUCUCGGAGGUAGUUACUGGAAAAGUUGGGAAUCUGUGGGAAGACGAUGGCUACUCGAGAUGAAAGCAGCCUUAGUCCUCAUCAUAAUCCUUCUCUGUAAACGGCAUGUUCAAGCUGCUGGAGUGAAGAAAAUCCUGUCAGUACCGACCAUGCCGAUGGUGUAAAGUGUUAAUGAGAAAGUUUUUGCAGCCGGCCACAUCGUCAUUUGUUUUGCCAGAUUCUCUUUGUCCUUGCUUUCCAUGUUGUCCUCCACCAGAUAAAAUUAAAAAAAAAAAAAAAAACGCCUGUAUUAUUUCAUCAUAUAGUUGGUUAUUAUCCUUGUAGCUUGCAUGCUUUUA